GACAACACCAAAUCCAGUACCGUACGAAAGCGACGUUUAAGCCUUACGACGCUUUACGUCCGUGCUAACAAAACUCGUUGAAAAUGCAUACAUCAAAAUGGUAGAAUCCCUACAAAUGUUUUUAUUUUUGUUCAAAUCCAAGUACCGACGAAAAUGUUCAUGGUUCUCGCCUUUUCUUUGUUCCGUUUUGAUAGUGUUAUUGUUUUGUCAUGGUGUUCUUUCGAAGUGUAGUGAACAUAACUGUACGAACGGUGAGUGUAACAAUGAUACCUGUGUGUGUUUCGAGGGUUGGCAGGGCCCUGAGUGCCAGUUCUGCGGCGGGAAAGUCAAUCUAACUACACCGACAGGGAUAAUUACCGAUGGUCUUGGCAACUACAGUGUUAGCACGCAAUGCACUUGGCUGCUGAGUCCGCCGCGGGUCGGGCCAACGCCUCCCCCCAUCAGAAUUAGACUGGAGAGUUUUGCAACAGAGUGUGGAUGGGACCAUUUGUAUGUUUAUGAUGGAGACAGUGUUAGAGCUGAAAAAUUGUUAGCUGUUUUCAGCGGUGUUCUAGAGAAACAAGACUCGAGCUGGACCCGGCAAGUGGUGGCGCGCUCCGGUUUCGCCUUACUGCAUUUCUUCUCGGACGACGCCUACGUAAUGGAAGGUUUCAAUGUUACGUACGCGGCGUAUUCCUGCCCGUCAAAUGAUCACCUUACUAACUGCUCAAAUCACGGUGAAUGUGACGACGGAACUUGCAAAUGUGAACCCUUCUGGACCGGAAUCGCUUGUGAUCAACCGCUGUGUCCUGACGAAUGCAAUUCAGCACUGGGUUGGGGUAGAUGCAAAGCGACCGGCUGCGAGUGCGCGCCGACCCGCGCCGGGGAGGACUGCGGGAGGGAGAGGGCAAGCGCGGGGUGGCGGUGGGCGUGGCGGGAGCGGGGGGAGGACGUCAACAGCGUGCACGCCCCGCCCCCCGCCUCCGCGGGACACGUGCUGCUCGCCUACGGAGAGGACCUGAUACGAGUCGGCGGGGAGACAUUCUCGCAAGUCGAAUUCUUGUAUAGGUAUAAAGUGUCGACCGGCGUGUGGCAGAGCGUCCCGACGCACGGGGACGCGCCCGCCGCCCGCUCCGCGCACUCCGCCGUGCUGUACGGGCACGAGCUCAUCGUGUACGGGGGCGCCGUGGCCAGCGACGACCCGGAGCGGGGUGGGGGGUUGGCAGGAUUGGAGGGGAGAGCUGGCCGGCUGAGCAACGAGGUGUGGCGCGCGCGGCUGGACACCGAGCCCGUGCGCUGGCACAACGCCACGCCCGCCGCCUGCUCGCCGCACAGGCACGCGCCGCUCGCGCACUGCGGAGGUCUCCACGUGUCCGGUCACACAGCGGUUCUGGUAUACUUAGGAGCCACCAAAAAGCCCGUGAUGCUCGUCUUCUUCGGGCAUUCGGACAUAUACGGAUAUUUACAUAUCGUUCAGGAGUACUACAUAGAAGAGAACGUGUGGUCGGCGGCCCCCACGCAGGGCUGGCCGGCCCGCGCGGGGUUCGGUCACUCGGCCGCGUGGGACGCGCUCUCCAGGCGAGUCUACAUACACGGCGGGCUCGUCUCGGAGUCGGAAGCUACUCAGGCGCCGUCCGCAGCGUUAUUUGAAUACGAUGUGGAGUCCAGGGUGUUCAAACCGCUGCCUUCCGCUCCCACACCUAGAUAUUUGCACUCGGCGGUUUUCGUAUCACCAGGCGUGAUGUUGGUGUUCGGCGGUAACGCCCACAACGACAGUGCCGCGGCCGCCAUCACCAACCCGACCGGCGCGCGCUGCUACUCGGCCGGCGCCCUGCUCUACGACGUCAGAUGUUCCCGCUGGUGGGAGACGCGCAGCCCGGCGGGGGGCGCGCGGGCGGCGGGGGCGGCGUGCGCGCUGCCACAGCACUCGCGCCCGGCCGCGCUGCUGCACGGAGGUUUCAACGGGCGCCUGCGCUCGGACGCGCUGGUGUACGAGGCGGGCGAGCGGUGCGCGGCGCAUGCGCACGAGGACGCCUGCCUCAACAGCACGCGCCGCGCGGCCGUGGCGUGCGCGUGGCGGGAGGACCUGCAGCUGUGCGUGCAACUAGAAGAGAUAGGCUGGAAGGAGUCUUUCGACGAUGCCGUGAGGGCCUGCGCCAUCGAACCGACUUUUGACGGCGCGCUGUGCGGGGCGGCGGCGGCGUGCGGCGCGUGCCUGGCGGCGGGCUGCCAGUGGUGCGGCGCCUGCCACGCGCACCGCACGUCCUGCAAGCGGUACCCGCACCAGCUAGUACAGACCCUCGACCAGUGCACGUGGAGCGACGAGGCGGCGCGCGAGCAGUGCGGGCGCCACCACUCGUGCGCCGCCUGCCACGCGCACAAGCACCACAAGCCGCGCGCCGCCAAAACUAACGGUACAACGGAAUUACCACAGCGCGCUUGCUAUUGGGACUACGAUGCCAUAGAGUGCAAACCGGCCAAUACAUCCGAGGACUUGCGCGCUAUAAGUUCUGCCGGCGGCGCUGCGUGUCGGGCGCCGUGCUCCACGCUGCAGAACUGCGCCAAUUGCACCGCCGAGGAGUGCAUAUGGUGCGCCUCGGCUGCCAGAUGCGUCGACAAGAACGCGUACGGCGCGUCGUUCCCGCUGGGCGGGUGCCGCGCGUGGGCCACGAGCGGCGGCGUGUGCGCGGGCGCGGGCUGCGCGGCGCACGCGUCCUGCGCGGCGUGUCGCGGCGAGCCGGCGUGCGGCUGGUGCGACGACGGGCGCGGCGGCGGCCGCGGCGCCUGCGUGCCGGGGGGCGCCCGCGGCCCGCACGCGCCCGCGCUCUGCUCGCACCACAGGUGGCACUUCACGAGCUGCCCGGCGUGCCAGUGCAACGGGCACGCGGUGUGCGACGCGCGCGCGCGCUGCGUGCAGCCGUGCGGCGGGCGCGCCGUGGGCCCGCACUGCGACGCGUGCGCGCCCGGACACUGGGGCAACCCGCUCAACGGGGGACUCUGCCAACCGUGCGAGUGCAACGGGCAGGCGGCGGCGUGCGCGCCCGACAGCGGCCGCUGCUACUGCAGCACCAAGGGGCUGGCCGGCGACCGCUGCGACAAGUGCGACAACACCAACCACUACCACGCCGACCUCUACAACAAGGGCGCCUGCUACUACGACCUCACCGUCGACUACCAGUUCACGUUCAACUUGUCGAAGAAGGAGGACCGGCACCUGUCCGCCAUCAACUUCCGCAACGCGCCCGUGAAGCCGGACGUGGACGCGGACUUCAGCAUCGCGUGCAGCGCCCACGCGCGCAUGAACCUCACCGUGCGCAGCCGCCUCGACCCCGCCGAGAGGACGCUGUUCAGCGACGUCAACUGCACCAACUUCAAGUACAAGUUCGCGAAGUCGGAGCACUCGUUCGGCAUCGAGGACAACGUGACGCUGACCACGUUCUUCGUAUACGUGUACGACUUCAGGCCGCCGCUCUGGAUCCAGAUCUCGUUCUCGCAGUACCCCAAGCUGAACCUCCAGCAGUUCUUCAUCACGUUCUCCUCGUGCUUCCUGCUGCUGCUGCUCGUGGCCGCCGCGCUCUGGAAGAUCAAGCAGAGGUACGACAUGUACAGAAGGAGGCAGCGUUUGUUCGUCGAAAUGGAACAGAUGGCAUCCCGUCCCUUCAGCCAAGUGUGCGUCGAACUGGAGAAGGGAGGAGGGGGUAGUGGAGUUCCUGCCCCAGUAGCGUUGGAGCCGUGUGCGGGCGGCAGGGCGGCGGUGCUGUCGCUGCUGGUGCGGCUGCCCACGGGCGGCACGGGGCGGGCGCCCCCGCUGGGCGGGCUGGCCGUGGCCUCUGCUCUGGUCACGCUGGGCCACCACCCCCCCGCCCACGCGCCGCACAACAACAAGCGCGCCCGUCCCCGCUGACGUCACAAGCGGGCGCGCUCCUGAACACGGGUACGUGAUUCUCGCGUUGGCAGUUAAAUAGGAUACGUUUGCGUUGGAGUCGUUAAGCAAAAAGAAAAAUGAAUGGACUUGGUGCGUGUGAUGUGAUGGCGGACACGUGGCGGGCGAUCAGCUUGUGCGCACCGAAACGUAAUGUUGAAACGUUUUAGUUUUAAUAAAUUAUUUUUUCUGUAGCCGCAUUCGAACAUGACAACAUAGACACGUAGCAAUAAUUUUUUUUAUAUAUAUUAAUUUUUUUUAAAUUAUCAAUAACACAAACGUUCGGUACUUUUUUUUUUUAAUAUAUUUUUAACGCAAUGAUAUCCGUUGCAAUAAUGAAUUAACCAGUUCAAUUAGGUACGUGUCAAUAUAUAUUUAUUUUAUAUUCGUUAUUUGAUUAGUUUAAAUGAAUUAAAAAAUAACCCAACGUAAUAUUUAAGUAUUAAUAUGUAUGUGAAGAAUAUAAUAAUUGUAAAUCGGAGUCGCUUUAAAGAUUGUAAAAUAUUUAUGUUUUUUUUUUUUGUUUAAGUUAAUAAUAAUUAAGUCACUUCCAUGUAUAAAGUUGCCAAAUGUAAUUAAAAUGAAAUGACUUUGUAAGUGCACUUUUUGUAGUUUUAGCAGUUAAGUGCAACACUUUGAUGGCCUGCGUGUUUUUGAUAAAAUAGCAGCUGGAUUUUUUAAUGUAUACUUCGUCGAGGAAAAGUUUUAUCGAUCAUGAUUAUGACAAUAACUAUGACAAGUUUUGUGUAGGUAGGGCGUCCAAUCUAUCCGCUGUGAGCAGCUCACGCGUUGGCUCACUUUGCUAAUUGCUGAAGUCGAUCUUCUAACAUGGUUUGAGGAAGGGCAUAUAACGCUCAGGAAACACCAUGGAGGGUAGUUCGUUUCGAAGGAAGGGUUUAAGUGAUUUUUGUAAACGCACUCACUCAUUGUAGGAAAAUGUUGCCAAUGGUACGAUAGUAAAAAGUGAGUGACAAGAUUCACCAAAACAAUUCCAUAGACCUCUUCCCAGACAGAACCACUUAUUGUUUAAUUUAGGUAUGCUCUAAAAACAUCUGGUGUAUCAGUCUUCGUUUAUUACAAUAUGAAUGAUUCAAAAUGUUAAGUUAUUUAAAUUGUUAUAACUAUAUAUAUCAAGAAAUACGAUGUUAUUAUGAACAGUAUUGAAAAUAAAAAAACGGUGCCCAUACAACUUGGUGCACGUGAAUGAAGUGAAACUUCUUUUUCGAUGUGGUAGUAUUGUGGUUUUCUUCAUCUUUCAUCCUUAAAUCAGAUUGCUCUUGUUAUAUGGAAUGCUGUGUAUAAGAGAUGCAACAUCUUCAACAUUUAUAUUAUAUAUUUUUUAAGUACUUCAUUAUAAUAUUGGACGCUACUCGUUGCCAACGCUCGCGCUGGUCUGUGACAGGUAUACUACGCGCAUGCGAUCGAGUGCCACGCAUUCACUCUCGCUCUGUCUCUUUCUAUUCCCCUUCCCCAGGAGCGUUAAACGUUUAACGUAACCUGGUUAGAAGUCGCAUUAGAAGUUUCACUUCAAAAAGACAGACACGAUAGAAACAAUGAGGCGUACUUUCUUGAUCACACGAUUGCAAGUUAUUUGGAACGCGCAGUGUACAACGCGCUGCAAGAUUUCACGGAGCUGUACUAGUUGGAAAAUCUUAUGAACGUACAAUUAGCGCGAUCUGUUAUUAACGGGGUAUUAACUAAUGAUACUAUUUAAUAUGUGUAUAUACUUUGUGGACGUUAGCUUAAUUAAACGCUAUUUAAAAUGAAAGAUCGUUUGUUAAAAAUAUAACUAGUUUUAUGCUUUUAAGUUCUACUAAGUAUUCGAUGAAUGGAUCCAGUGACGUCUAGUUUGUUUUUUUUAUUGAUUUAGAUUCAAGUGUUCAUAGGAUUUUAAACUUUAAGGUAAUCCAUGUGCCCCUGUGUCAAUCGCUAAAUGAAAACUACCCACUAGUUACAUUGCUGGCUCACUAUAUGAGAACUAAUUAAUACGAACAGUAUUCGUGGCUAACUUAAUGAAUGAAAAAUGCUUCCCGCUCCGGUGUAAUCUGAUUUUUUAUUUAAUUUUGGAAGCUCCUUGUCUGAGCUUCGUAUUCUGCUUUCAUUACGGGCGUGGGCUCAUCGGUGCUCACGGUUGCUGAAAUCGUAAACGAGAAAUGACUAAUGAUAUUUCACUGCCUCUUUUUGGACUUUUUUUUAGACUUUUGUUUAUUAUCUGAAGACAAUAUAGCAAGUUGUGAUUUUAUAUAAUUAAAAAUAAAAAUAAAUAAAAUGUUUACAAUCUCGAUUUUGUGUUACGAACAUUUUUGUAAGUGAAAUGAAAUUAUUUAGAAUUUAAUAGAAUUUUAAUUGUGUUUCCCUAUGUUCUUCACAUUCCCCAUAUAUUAUUUAGGCCAUAAUUUUUUACACGUUUUGUAUAGAUUAAAAAAAUAAAUUAAUAAUAAUUUUAUUUUGCAUUUAGAUGUUUUUUUUAAUAUUAUUAUUUUUAAAUGAAAUUCGAUCAUCAUUUUAUUGCUAUUUGGCAGUAUGUUUCUGAAUCCAUUUUAUUAGUCAAAUAAAAAAAAAAACACGUCUGAAUCUUAAAAUGUAGAUUAAAUGUAUGAAAUAGAUUAGCUGUAGUGUUUUUUUUUUACUUAUUUGCAAUAUAUUUUUUGAAACAUCACAAUAACAAUCGUUAUAAUAUUGUUAGUUAGAUUUUUAUACCGAACUUUGAACCGUUUUAUAAGAAUGGAAGAUGUGAUUAAUGUUUUAAGUGUGCUUAGUGCGAAUUUUUUAACGUUUUCGAUAGCGUAAAAGUUGUCUCUCUCGAUAGCGUUUGCCUACGUUUGCCGCUAGGGGCGCUGUUCCAACUGCUUACAGAUUUGAGUUAACUUUUACGCUAUGGAGAACGUUAAAAAACUUGCAUUAAGCACAGAGGUCACUGCUCGUUUUGGUCGUGCAAAUGCUGCAAGAUGAACCUAGAUAAAGACUAGAUCCUCCAUGGAUGGGAAACGAUGCAUCACAUAUUCUGUGAAAAAUAACGCUCUAGCUAGACCCAGAACGGACAUCUUGGGACACGGAUAUCCCCCAAUUUUAUAGCAAAAUUACCACAACUACCCCAGAAACUACAAAAUCUAUAUCUGUGAUGGAUCCACUGGCUCAAACGGUAUGUGUUUAUAGCCAAGUUCUAGGGCAUAUGUGGUUUUUAGAAAGCAAUAAUACGAUUCAAGAUACUAGAUGUUGAUUCAAAGAUUUCCAAACAUUUUCAAUAUUGAAACAUAAACAAAACUGUAUGUGAAACAAUAUCUUAAAUGUUGUUUUAUAAUGUAUUGUAUUAUGAACCAUAAAAGAAAGUUUAGUCGAGUAAAACUAUAGCACAAACUAAGUUACUCUGUAAAGAGAAACAACCACGGCUCUGAAACUGCGAUGCUUUAAGACAAAUAUUUUUUGUAUGGAAACUAGCGACAUCUUGUAGCGGAUGUCCCUAAACUUAUAUGUUAAAUUUUAUCAAUUUUUGGUUUCUGAAAAUUUACAAAUGCCUUCAAUGAAAAUAAAAUGUAGGAUUGGUAAUAUGUUACUGCGAUCUACAGGAGCAAUGAGAAACUAAUUGAAGCGAAGCCAUCUAGUGGCCGACGCCGGUAAACAUUUAUGUUGAGUGCCUGAGUUGCUUAUCUAUAACUAUUUUUUGUGUAUUAGCUAUGGAAAUAAGAUACAAAUGUACCCUUAUGUCACCUGUAUGGCUUAUUAUAACCUCUUUUAAAAUUUAUGUCAUAAAUCAUAUAGGGGUUACAUAUUUAUACUUUAUUUUAUAUCAUUUUAGCGAACACGCGUGUAUUUAGUUUGUAUCGCGCCUUCGUGAGAUAUACCUUACGACUGACUUGUAUAUUUUGUAAAAAAAUAAUAAUAAUAAAUAUAACAUUAUGUGCUUGUAUAAUUGAUAUUAAUUAUUAAUAAUGUUAUGGAUAUGUAAUCCUUUUGCUUGUUGGUUUUGUGUGUGUGGAUAAUGUUGAAUUAUGAUUAUUAUUUUUUUAAUUAUUUUUAUUGCAGGAGCCCAUAGACGUCUAUAACGUAAAUUCCGCCAUCCACCUUGAGAUAUGAGUUCUAAGGUCUCACUAUACAACGGCUGCCCCAUCCUUCAAACCGAAACGCAUUACUGCUCCACGGCAGAAUUAGGCAGGGCGGUGGUACCUACCCGUGCGGACUCACAAAAGGUCCUACCACCAGUAAUUACGCAAAUUAUGAUUUUGCGGGUUUGAUUUCUACCACCAGUCUUCUCAUUUUUUUUUUCUUCACCUUAUCCCACUAGGUGGGGUCGGCACAGCUAAUUUUUCUCUUCCAUUCUCUUCUAUCAGCCAUCAGCUCAACAAUCACUCCUCUCUCUCUCAUAUCAUCAUUCACUCUCGCCAUCCUACCACUAGUAACUAAUAAAAAAUAUAUAAUUAUUGUAAAAGGUCAAAAUAUUACAAUAAUAAUCUUAUACCUUUAAAUGAACUAUUCUUGUAUAUUAAUAUAUAUAAUCUGAAUCUCGGAAACGGCUCCAACGAUUUUCAUAAAAUUUAGUAUACAAGGGAUUUCGAAGGCGAUAAAUCGAUCUAGCUACGAUUUAUUUUCAGAAAAUGUUGUUUUAUUCGUGUUUUCAAUAAUCAACUCUUCCCGACGUCUAUUGGCGAAUAAUAAUACUAUUUUUCUUAAUUGAGGGCAACUAACCGCUUUAAAGAAACAACAAGAUGGCGUUAUCAAAAAAAAAAAAAAAACGAGCAAUGCUCGGUCAUCAUCUAGUAAUUAAUUAUCAAAGACAAAAAUUUUGUCAACCGUAGUAAGUUGUCAUGUCAGGGAACAAGAUUAUUUAACAGAAACGCCUACGUAUGUACCUAAUAUAAUAGUUUUUCUAUUUUUCAUUCAUAAAUGUUUGCUACCUCAAUAAUACAAGGAUGUCUUUAUACUCAAGUACUGGCUUCAAAACAUGUCAAGUUAAAAAAAAAUGUUGUCAAUUUCAAAUCUAAUCGAUAUCCUACAACUGUUUCGAGCUUUUUUUCAAACGUAGGUACAUUCUGAAUAGUUUACUUUUAAUUUUACUGAAAUAGGGUUUGCACAUCAGUGAAUUUUUUUUUUUUUUUUGGUAUAUGUUAUAUCGCAUUACUACGGUUCUUAAAUAUUGUGAAUGGACUCGUUAUAAGGCCUCAUUUAACCUCCUUUUGGCUUUACGGGUAGGUUUGUAAUACCCUGUAUAAUUGUAAAAGGUCAAAAUAUUACUAUCAUAAUGAUAAUAGUUGCGCACACAAAACCAACAUGAUCUGUGUUGUAUUUGUAGUUUUUCGGUUUAUGAAACUCCUCUUGCUCUUUGGAACUGAUGAUCGCGAAUGGAUCAGCCCUUAUCCGAUAUGAGUAAGCUAAUUUAGUGCUCUCUGUAUUUGAAGUCGGUAAAAUAUAAAAUAUGAUUGAACUCUUUAAAGUAUUGCAGUGUAUUGAUAAUACAAUGGUUUCUAUUUUAAGGCCUUUUCGUGAUCAGCUAAUAUAGACUGAUAUCUCCGGUAUCUUGAUUUAUCUACCAAUAAUAUUUGUAUCCUAAUCUUAAUAACCCUGGAUACACUUUAAAAACUUCCCUGUCUGUAGUACAUACGUUAAACAUAAUUCUAUACUUUGAUUAGCUUGGUAUAUGUUUGUUUGUAUGUAACAAAAAUUUUGAGUCUCAUUUUCACAGACUUCAAGACAUCCGAUUAACUUGAUAAUUUGCCCACGCCUCAAGGACCGAUGAAGAUACAAUAAUUUUAUAACUUCGCUCUUAUAUCAUGACCAGUAUCAACAGAAUGUAAAUUAAAAUUAAACGAGCUGUUAAUACGGUGUGCUAUAUAAGCGCGUUUUGUUAGUUUUUCUAAUUCCGUAUACUUUUUUUUUUGCAAAAUCGAUAUACUAGAAAUAUCGAUAUGUCAACUGUCCCGCGUAUCAUGCUAUGUUUGACGGACUAUAAUGGAAUAAAUUUAAAUUUAAAAUAGUGUAAAAUAUAUUUUAUUCUAAAAAAAGCGUGGGGUGCAUGGUGUUAUUAGUUAUAAAUAUUUUUCUGACAGAUAUGUGUAGAAGAAUUAUUAUUUCAAUAAUAUCUUAAAAAGCACCCCACGCUUUUUUUUAAAUAAAAUAUAUUUUACACUAUUUUCAAUUUAAAUUUAUUAAAAUUUAUUUUCUAUUUUUGUUGAAUUUUAUAUAAAGCGUGUUUUUUAGUUUUUUUUAAACUAUUAUUUAUUUUUCAUUUUUUAGUUAAAAAGUAGUCGUAGUAGUAGUAGUUCUAUAAAAGCAUAUUUUUAAAACUAUUAAGUACUUUAACAUCAAUACCUGCCGUAUCUAUCGACUAUAGAUAAAAAAUUAUAUAAAUUGGCAAAAAUCUUAUUUUGCAAAUUGAAUAAUGGAAUAAUCUUAUCAAAUUAGUGUAUUGUCAUCGGUCCUCGACAAAUCUACAAAGUUUGAAUGAAAUCUGGCCGUUUAAAGUGGGUCAAAAUCGCGUCUAAAAGAGUCAGUUACAAACAUACAUACAAGUGAAGCUAAUAUAAAGCGUGUAAAAAUUUAUUUUUUUCAAGGAUAGAGAUGUAAGGUAAUUAAAACAUGCACUCUUUUAAUUCAAUUCCAAUGAGCCGCGUAUUAAAACCAAGAUGUGUAUUUUAAUAGGAGUAUUUUGCGAUUAAUCGUAACUGCCAUUUAGUGCUUUGUUUUUAAUAUUUAGUGUUUAAUGUUUUGUAAAAGUGCAGCAUCGGUAGUGUUCGGCUAGAUAUUUGUAGAUGUUUUAAGUGAUUUUUUUCAUGUUUAGUAAGUUUUUUAAAGCGCUUUUAAAUAAAAUUUUUGAAAGCUUGUUUUUAGUGUUGCCAGUCUCGGCGUGCGACAUAGUCCAAAAACAUUAAGGUGAUUCGUAAUUAAAAAACGUUAACAUCACAAUACCGUCUUUGAAUAAGUACCAAUGUGGUUUCUAGUAUUUUUUGUAAAGCUUUACAAUUAAUUAAAAUAUUACUAGUUUUUUUUUUAUAAUUUUAAUGUAAAGACGAUAUUAAUGUUACGUAAACAAUUUAUCUAAAUCGUAACGUAAUGAUUUUCGAGUAAUAUGAAAUGAAAAAUAAAAUUUGCGUGAUCAGUAACACGAUAUGUAUUCUGUUUGUUUUGCAAAAAUUGUCCUUAUUUCGUCACGUUAGUGUUUAUUUUGCCUUGGCGUCUCGCUUCAAGUUAUGACCGUAAUAUUUAGAACAAAUGUUGUCUUAAAAAUAUUUGUCUGCAUGUCUAUAAUAACGCUAAUACGCCCGGUAGAAGUCCGGCCAUUAAAAAAAAAACUUAUGAAAUUGUAAAAAGAAUUUUAGGGAAAUCGGUCCUCCCGUCUAAGAGUUUGGUGGAAAAUUUAAUAUAUCGCCACAGAUGCAAGAAAUAACAUUGUAACUCAGUUUUAUUUAUUUAUUGCAUAGAUGCGUGAACAAGCUAACAGCCGACUUGGUUUUACUGGAGUGUUUACUGGAGCCCAUAGACAUCUAUAAUGUAAAUGCCGCCACCCACUGAGUUCUAAGGUCUCAGUAUAGUUAUAACGGCUGCCCCACCCAUCAAAUCGAAACGCAUUACUGCUUCAUGGCAGAAAUAGGCAGGGCGGUGGUACCUUUACCCAUGCGAACUCACACAAAUUUUUAGUUAAAUUAUCAGCAAUGUCAUCCCUUGCAUAUGUCGAUGUAUUGACGCGGUUUAACCCGUGUUAUAUAUUUAAUUCAGUAAAUAAUAAUGCAAGACGUAGUUUUUUUGCUGCGAUAAAAAGUUGCCUAUGUCUAUAUCUGGUCCAUUGACCACCGAUCCAAUUUGUAGAUCCAUUGCUACGUAAUAUCACAAGCCAAUAAACGCACUGUCUUAUUUAGGAGUUGCUCUGCUGAUGCUCUCGCGUAUUAGCGCCGUGAUACAAAGUAUCUUGCGUGUUAAUCCAGGCUAUGAAUUAUAAUUAUACAAAAUUUCAUCGGAAUAGGUUCUCAUUUUUCCAGCGUGAUUGACUUGCAAAUAGUUAUUUGUGCAACAAGAGAGGAAAGUUGUUUUUUUUGUUUCGAGUGUUGAUUUUGGAGCGUAGCGAGUGAAUCAAUCAUAGAAUCCUGAGCGUAAUGAGGGACUCAACAGCAUGAGAUGCAAAAAACUUUGCUCUCGAAGUAGCACACAUAACUUUUCACCUCAGCAGUGAGAACACAUUACUUAGGAGACAUAGAAAUGAACAGGAAUAGAUUGAAAUAACUAUUUAAAAAAAAAACGUAAUUUCUUUAUUAAAAAUAUCUUUAAAUUUUAGGGCAUUACGCGUUUCCGAACGUGUUUUCUUUGAGGUCGUAUUCCAAAAUCGAAUUUCGAAGGGGUAUAUUUUUUUCACUCGCUUUUUUAUAUGCACGUGAAAGAGACAGAACACAGUUAAAUUCGAAUGUUUAAAAAAAUGACUGAAUGGCGCCAAUUCGUGGCACUGAAGAUUGAAAAAUUAAAAAGCUACUUUGACCCACGCUCGAAUCAAAAUCGCGUUUUGUUCACUGUUGUCUCGCGGCAAAAGCGGCAUGUUUGAGCUGCUGAGGUGAAAAAUUGAUUUAUUUUACUUAUAUGCAAAUUUUUUGAAUUAAUAUUAAGCUUAGCGUCGAUUACAACAUGAAACGUUUUAAGCCAUUGAACUUUAUGCUUCUAUAAUGCCAAGUGCUUACUUUUUUUUCCUACCUAAGCUGAUGGUCUUGAGAGACCAUUUCAGCGUAGCCUUAACUAGUAGAUGAGCUCACGGGGCUCAAACCUGAUGUGUGUUUACUAAUAAACUAAAAAAGGUGUCUACGCAUAUUGUAUUAAUGAAUUUCAAUAUUUAGGUACAUGCAAAAGUUGAUGUAGGACGAAUUGGCGGGAACACGAGGAGCGAAGUUACGUGAAUUGUUUUAUUUUGUUCAUUUAGUGCUUCUACGGGUUUAAAUAUGUAAUAACGGUGGUUUAUUAAUUGUUUAGCGUCUGUGAAAGCGCACUAAUGUGGUAUAAUGAAAUAAAGCCGCUAAACGCGAUUCAUCUGGUUCUUCCGAAAAGUCCACUGAAAAAUUCUCAGUAAAUAAUCAUUGGGACUGGGACUUUUUUUCGUUCCGUCUCAUCUCGUUUCAUUUAAUCUCAAAUUUGAGACCAGAUUAGAUUUAAUCUCAUUCUAAUCUGGUCUCAAAUUAAUCAACUUCAUUAUAUUAUUUUCUUUUACAGCACAAUAUUCUUAGAAUCUUAAACUUCUCGGCGAAGAUGUUUAAAAUCUUUAAAAAAAAUACACAUUGAAAAAUGAAAUAAAAUACAUGAUUCUUUAUAAAAACGCUUUAAUAAAACAAAGAUCUUAAUGUCACGUGUCACUAAAAUGAUUGGUAUUCACUUUUUAAAUUUUUUUGUCCUCUUUUCUUAAUUAUUGUCUUUAAUUUAUCAGCAAAUUUUUAUAUGUUAAAACGAAAUUUACUCUAUGAAUUUUGUUGUUUUAUUUUGAAUCUACAAUGAAUUGAAUUUUGAAACCAUUGUACCGAUUGCUAUACAUAAAAUCGUAAAUAAAAAAUGUUUAUAUGUUUGUCUAGGCUGUGUUCCAUCAAUGGGUUUCAAUUAUAAAAUAUAAAUUAAUCUUUCUUUAUACGUUUGUCCUUUAUGCGGUCCUAAUACCGGUCACUCACAUGCGCACGAAUACGCAAACCCGCAAGUGUGGAACGGCAUUUGCAAAUGAUUAUGCAAAGUUUUAGCUGCAUUCGUGGUUUUCCAAGCUGUGUCGGUUUUUUAACAGACAUCAAAGCGCGCGAACUGCGAACCUUCGCGUAGUCUCCCACACAUUCGUUUGCCCAGUUGCGCCGACGAUUGCUAAGGUAACGGACGUAUCGCCAUUUUCAUAGUUCGUGACGUCUACUGUGUAGCGUAUCUCCAUCAAAAGAAAUCCCAUAAAAACAGCAUGGCUGUUAAUGAUGUCUGGGAAAGAAUUCAAAACUCUUUUUCUCUUCAAUGUUCUAUUGACGAAUUAAAAAGGAGGAGACAUUCGUAAACAAGUGUAGGAGGAAGCGCAAACGGGUUCGCAAAUUGAGUAUGCGAACCCAUUGCACAGCCGCUAGGUUUGCGAAUGAAUGUUUGACGGCCCUUCAGUGCCCUCAGUGGCCGGCAUAAGCCACUCAUCCCAUUGUGAUGAAACUUAAUACAGUUAUUGUUGGCACUCUGAAGGUUUCUAUCAUAGUACCAUCAACACGUUUGUAAGAUAACAAAUUGGUGCAUUUCAUACAUCUACCGAUAAUCACUGGAGCGUACCCGGGCUUCACAACUAAUAUAAUUAAAAUAUACAGUAUUUUUUUGCUGACCGUAUUUCAUACACACAAAAUGUAUUGCAUAGUUGUAAACGUGUGAUCUUACACUACACGAAGAAUAAUUAUAUACUGUUGAACAUAUUUUAUAGACGUAGUUAUUAAUUUUAAGCCGUUGUACAUAUAAAAGAAAACCGUAAAUUAUUGUAUUUCAUAAUAAAAAUAUCGAUCAUUAAA